UUACUCUAUCUAUCUAUAUUAUAAAACCUGUUGUGUGUUUACCCUUCUAAAGUCUACUAGCUCCCCCGUAUUCUACCGUAUUUACACAGAAUGCCAUUUGACUCAAUUGACUCAUACUGUCAUUUAAUCAUAACCAUUCUUUUUCUUACACACGGACACACGUGUCUACUCCUCAUAACACUGUCUGAAAGAUUAACACUCUUUCCCCUGACAAAAUACAAUUCAAAUUGCGCCCAAAUCUUGAUACACUUUUCCCUCUCGCGGCUUUGUUCCAGCAUAUUCGUUCCUGGGUAGGUUUGUGAUGGCGUCGUCGAAGAUGACAACUCACUGACGCCAGGGACGGUAUCCCGAGCCACGAACAGCCUCUCCUCUCCAGGAAGUUUUUCCGAACAUGGAAUGAUGUCGGUCAGUCCUGAGUCGAGACCCAUUUGUUUGUUACCACACCAUCUAGAUGAGUCUCCACACUCCAUAUCUCACAAGAACUGUGAGUGUACCACUUAAAGAAUUAUGGCAUUUUCCUUCCAUUAUGUUGUUUAACACGAUUUAAUUUUGUACCCGAGCUAACCAGCCUCUGAAGUUGCCAAACAAAAGGAAAUCAAAUUCUCCUUUGCUGUUUGAUGUUUUUAACUAUGACCUUGGAAUGAUGAAAGAAAAGGGGAGCUCAUGGAGACCUUGCAAAUCUACCAAAACAAUUCCACUGUCUGCAAACAUGGUUCAUGUAUGAAAGAGAACAUUUACCCCUGCACUGUGCUUAAAUCUACUGCAUCAGUUCCACAAUCUCUGGCGAAGGAUCUGACAGGAAUUGGAGGGAAACAUAGAUUAGUCGAUACGGGAAGACAGAGACAACACUCAGAUGACAAGUUUGGUCAUGAAAAUAAUGCUCAGCGGUCUCCAAUGGCGCCAGCCAUGAUUGUUGGUAUUUUAAUGCACGUGCUGAAGCUGCAAUUGAGGCACGCAAGUUAAAUGCCCAGGUAAGAAAUCACCAUCCCUCACAUAAUUGUUAUAGCUUAGUAAUUUGUGGCACUCAGCCGUCCAUGACUUCACAUAUUUUGUUCUCACAUUUGAUCAAGAUUAGACUAUAGAGAUUUUUGUGUGGACGACCGAGUUAUGAAAAGUUUCAUGACUUCUUCCUUUAAAUGGUAAGCAUUGAUAUGUACCUAUAUAAGAGUGAACAUUCAGACGCCCACAUUUGGUAAGCAUUUAAUUUCAUAAGAAAAGUGUGAUCCAGUGACGUUCUUUCCUAAGUCCAACUCUCCUUUCUUCUCUUUUUUCUUAUCUAUGUUAUGCUUCUCUAAUUCACAUACUAGAUUAUAUGCUUUUAUCAUCAGUUUAAUAUUAUGUUGUGUGUUGGUUACAUAUUGUGAACUUCUUUAAUGAUUUUCACUUAUUUUGGUUGCAGUUGAAUUUGUUCUAGAAACUGUUCGAUUAUUUGUCCAAUUGAAAAGAAUAAUCAGGGUUUCAUUGUUUACCAUCAGGAACACCAGAGUUCAUGGCUCCGGAGGUGUAUGAAGAGUUCAUAGCUUUAUGAUUUCAGUAUCCUUAUCUUUAGGUUCCAAUGGCAGUGGUCGUUCCUGGACUGAGUACCUGAAAUCAAAUUACGCAAGGAUGCCCCUGACAGCUCUGAGACCCCUGAUUAAGGUUGUUGAUAAUAAAGACAGCAUUGAAAUUUUCAGUCGCAGUGUCAGAGGUGCAAUUUUAUCAAAAUUCUGCAAUACUGGGCAAAUAAAUGAUGUUCACUGUGUUGAUAGAGUGUUCUGAAAAGUAGCAUUUUGCAAGAUGAUAAGAUACUGAUAAGUUCCGAGGCUGAAGGAGUGGAGUUCCUGGCAAUCAAUCUGAUUACAGUGUCAUUUUCACUUGAUCAAAUCAAGGAAAUCGAGGGCAAGCUUGGAGUGGUUUGAUUUAGUUUGUGCUAUAGAAGACCCAGAUUUUACAGGAGAAACAAAGAAUUUAUAAAGGAAGCCAGCACAACUGUUCCAGGUUCUAAGGAUUUGUACUUCCCAACUCAAUACUCUCAGUCCUUCUUCACCCAAUGUAUGACUUGCCUCUGGAAACAAAAUUGGUCAUAUUGGCGCAAUCCUCCAUACAAUACCGUGAGAUUCCUGUUCACAGUGUUCAUAGCAUUAUUGUUCGGAACAAUAUUCUGGAAUGAGGAAUAAACAAGACAUUUUCAAUUCAAUGGGUUCUGUGUACGCAGCCAUUAUCUUCCUCUGAGUACAGUCGGUUGUCGCUAUUGAGAAGAACUGUCUUCUACCUGGAAAGAGCAGCUAGGAUGUAUUCAGUUCUUCCAUAUGCUGUUGGACAGGUUAGUAAAACGUAUAAACCGUAUUUAAAUUUGAAUGUAACUUCACAAUGAUGAGAUGCAAUAACAAAUCAUGAUAUCAUUUUAUAAGCAGGUGUUGUUUGAGCUUCCCUACAGUUCUAUACAAACAAUCCUUUAAAAAUAUGUUUUGUAAGAGUUUGAUGAAAGUCUUGACAAGUUUCCGAUUUUCUCUUUGUACAUUCAAUAUUUUGCUGAGGUUUGUUUACUCUUCAAGUGUUCGAUAUAAGAACCUGAAAUAAUCUUGAUCUUAUAUUUAUUAUAAUUAUAUAUAAUUUUCGAAUAUUUUGAUAUGAUUUUUCUUUGUUGCAUGCUUUGUAAGUGCUGGAUCCAAAUGGAAGGCAAUUGAUCCAGUGGCCAACUGAAGAACUAGAAGGAUUGCGAGGAGCAAACAGGCCAUCAUUUGCAGGAUAUGUAGAUGUGAACUAUUGACUAAGUGUGGAUCUAUGAAAUAAUAAUUUUGCUAUUAAAAGAGCAAGUUAUGGCAAGCGCAAAGCUGAUAGUGUGAUUAAACAAUAUUUACACGCUUGGGAGCUCUUUAACAAUGUAAAGUUAGUUUCUACUAGAACCAGGAACUUACAAGUAAAGCUGUGUAAUAUUAUAUUCUGACAAUAGAUGUGUGACUUUGAAGUCUAGGUAAUGCAUUGAAUUUGACUGUAGGUCUUUUUAUUUCA